AUGUUAGGGUCUUCGCUUAAAGAAAUAGAGAAUGGGAUUUUAAGAGCAGAACAAUUACGAAAAGCUUUUAGUAACAAAAAGGUUGUUGUCUUGUUGGAUGAUGUUUGGAAAGAGUUGCAGAGUCAACAAUUACACUAUGACAAGAUAGACAAGGUCGUGCUGACGAGUUAUGACUUCUUAGAAGAUCCCAAUGCCCGAAGCUUGUUCUUGUUUUGCUGCUUAUUCCAAGAAGACGAAGAGAUUCCCAUCGAGACGUUGUAUCGUUAUGUAGUGGGUUUUCAACUCUUCAAAGUGAAGAUGCAUGAUGUGGCGAGAGAUGUGGGAAUUUCAAUUGCAAAACAAGAAAAUAACGGUAUUAAUUAUCUGGAGUGUGAUGAUAUGGACGAACUAGAGAAUAUAGGUACUCCACAUACUAAGAUGAUUUCAAUAUUCAGGAAGAAUAAUUUAGAUGUCUUUAAUACCGUGGAAUUUCGAGGCUCAAAAUUGGAACUACUACGGUUGGAUAGUUCGAAUGAUUACCUACCAAAUAUAAAAAUAUCAUGGAAUUUACUUAAAGUGGAGGAUAAUCUCAAAGUUAUAAAUAUAGUUUUCCAUCUAGGCAAGAUUAGUGAGUUUCCAUCGAAGUUGAAGAUGUUAUCCCUAGAGAGAUUGAGUUUGGAUAUGAGUGUAUCUUCUAUUGGACAUAUUAAGUGUUUGAAGAUCCUUAGCCUUCGAGAUUCAACCAUUAAAGAUUUGUUAAACGAAAUAAGUGAGUUAACAAACUUAAGAUUGUUGGAUUUGACUAGGUGCAAAUGUUUUAUAUUCAAUGGUGUUCUUUCGAAGCUUACUAAUCUAGAAGAAUUGUACAUGUGGGAGAGUUUUCAAGAUUGGAGGCUACAAAAAAAAGACGUUAAUGGCGGAGACAAUCAUGCAGCAGGUAUCGAUGAGUUAAAUUACUUGCAUAAAUUGUGGAAAUUGGAACUGGAGGUACCCAACAUUGAACAAGUGCCGAGAGGUGUUAUGCUAUUUUCUUCUUCAACGUUGUUAGAACAAUUCAAGAUAAGAAUAGGAGGAGAAUGCGAGAGAACUAAAUUUGAAAGUGGGAAAAGACAACUUUGGUUGGAGAAUGAUAGAAACAAUACCACCAGUUUCCUACAUGAACUUGGGGUUUUAAUAGAAAAGGGCAUUACAAAUUUAUUUAUAAGCAAUGAUCUUUACAAAGGAUUAAACGAGAAUCAUUUUUAUAAACUAAAAAGAUUGGAGCUAAAAGGAUUGAAGCAAUUUAUCUUUCCAACCACCAAGUUGGAAAUGCCUUGUUUGGAGGAGGUGAAGAUUUUAUCUAUUCCAAAUAUUGAAAGUCUGUGCAACUUUGUGGCUCCAUCCCUAAAAAGUUUGUCCAUUGAUAGUUGUGACAGCUUGAGAUAUGUGUUAUCGGAGAACUUCUUGAUGAGUGUUUCUCAUUUUACAAAAUUAUUCAUUGCAAAUUGCAAAAUGUUGAAGGGAAUAAUAGGAGUAUCCACGGGGGUAGAAGAGCAGUGGGAAAAAUCAAUUGAAUUCCCUAAUUUGAAGGAAUUGGAACUCAAAUACUUAGACAAAUUAACGAGUAUUGUCGUGAACAUCAACAAUUUGGACGAUGAAGAGUAAAAGGCGCAGAAAAGAACACUAUUCGGUCAUGA